AGGAGAGGAACUUGAGAACUUCACCACAUUCAGAGCCAGGAGAUCCGUGAUCGGAGAUUUUGGGUGGUUUGACGCUGAAUCGGCGGCUACAGUCCAGCUGUGAUCGACAGAGCAGGACCGGUGCGGCUCUCGGCAUUGGAAGGAUUUCCGGCCAACAUGGAUGAUUUAGAUGCUUUGUUGGCGGACCUUGAGUCCACAACGUCCCACAUUUCAAAGCGUCCACUGUUCCUGACUGACGAAAACGCCUAUUCCCUCCCUGUUGGGAGUCAGACCCAGCAAGACAUCUGCUCUCCACCCCAAAUCCCACCCACUCCCUCUGAGCAAACCCUGAACGGACUUGACGAAACAGAGUCUUUCAGCUCAGCUCAGAGAAGCCCCUGGUCUAGAGAUAGCAGCAGUCCGACCCAACCUCUUGGUGAGGAGGACCACGUAUACAGCUUCCCCAAUAAGCAGAAAGGUAGUGACUCAUCAGCCGGCAUGACCUUAUCCAUGGGCAGCAACCUGUCGGAGCUGGACCGCCUGCUGCUGGAGCUCAACGCUGUACAGCAAAGCACCCCUGCCUUCGCCACAGAAGAAGAAGCAGCUCCACCGCUGCCUGCCAGUAGUGUAGUCCACCAUAUCCAGGAGAAUGGAGUCUCCAUUGCAGGCAAGGUAGCGCCACCUGUACUGGAGAAGCCCAAACGCAGCGUGGCAGCUCGAGGGAUAGAGGAUGUACGACCAAGUGUAGAGAGCCUUCUAGAUGAGCUGGAAAGCUCUGUGCCCACACCUAUUCCCACACCUUUGGGGGUAUCAGACGAACAAGAGGAAACACCAGCACAGCAGCAAGCCAGAAUGUCUGCCUCCUCUGCCACACGAGAGCUAGAUGAGCUAAUGGCUUCCCUGUCUGACUUCAAAGUCCAAAGCAAUAUCCAGUCGCAGGGAAAGACUUCUCCUACUGGUCCACCCAAACCAGCCAACAAGCUGGACAACAUGCUGGGAAGCCUGCAAUCAGACCUCAACAGACUCGGAGUCCAGACUGUGGCUAAAGGCGUCUGUGGUGCCUGCAAGAAACCCAUUGUUGGACAGGUGGUGACUGCCAUGGGCAGAACAUGGCACCCUGAGCACUUUGUGUGCACCCACUGCCAAGACGAGAUAGGCUCCAGGAACUUCUUUGAGCGUGACGGGCAGCCUUACUGCGAGAAAGACUAUCACAGCCUGUUCUCACCAAGAUGCCACUACUGUAAUGGACCCAUACUGGAUAAAGUAGUGACUGCUUUGGACAAGACUUGGCAUCCAGAGCACUUCUUCUGUGCCCAGUGUGGAAACUUUUUUGGACCUGAAGGUUUCCAUGAGAAGGAUGGAAAGGCAUUCUGCAGAAAAGAUUAUUUUGACAUGUUUGCCCCGAAAUGUGGCGGUUGUGCACGUGCCAUCCUGGAGAACUACAUCUCUGCUCUCAACUCCCUCUGGCACCCUGAAUGCUUUGUCUGCAGGGAGUGCUUUACGCCGUUUGUUAACGGCAGCUUCUUUGACCACGACGGCCAGCCGUACUGCGAGGCGCACUACCACGAGCGGCGUGGCUCACUGUGCUCUGGCUGCCAGAAAGCCAUCACUGGCCGCUGCAUCACAGCCAUGGGCAAGAAGUUUCACCCAGAGCACUUUGUGUGUGCUUUCUGCCUCAAGCAGCUUAACAAGGGCACCUUUAAGGAGCAGAAUGACAAGCCCUACUGCCACGGCUGCUUUAUUAAACUCUUCAGUUAAAUCAUGUGUACACCCAUGCACACAUUUAAUUACAUGUCUAAAUGCACGUGUGGAUGUGUGUGCACUCACAUGAUAUGUAUGUAUGUUUUUUUUGAGACAGAGGGUGUUAUGUUGUGGUGGAUCAUCAUUAGAAGGGUGAAAAAUGUCUCUGACUAUCAGUUCUUGACUUGACACUGAAGGGAUUUCCCUGGCUGUCCAACCUCUCAGGCUUGGCAUUUCACACUUUUGCUAAAGACAUUUUAACAGAGCCCAAAGAGAUGUUUAUUUGAGUUGUAUUCCUGCGCUGCGUGCAGCAAAGAAAAUAUGCUAAUUUCCCCUUGUAUGUGUGUAUGUAUAGGAGCAUAUGAGGGUAGCAUUUAGACUCCCUCGGAGCCCUGUUUUGUAAAUGGUUUUAUUCCCCCAUUGCAGGGCAAGACUUUGCAUUCUAUGGUGAAAUAGUUUUAUGCAGGUAAGCUUGAUUGCAUGGACCAUGGAGAGUUGACUUACAGUAAGCAGUUAUGAAAUAUGUGGAGUGUUGAGUGUUGGAUACCCAGUGCUUGCCCAAUGAGUGUUGGAAUAACCUAUGAAAAAGAUGUAUUUUUUUAGUCUUGGAAACUGUUGAGGUGCCAUUUAAAAGAACCAUGAAAACACCCCAUAUAUGUAUGUACAUGCACACAGACACACACUGAACUUCUUCACUUCUUUAAGAUACUAGUUCAAUCUCUUUGCACACUCCAACCGCAGAUCUCUUGAUGAGACCGUCUUAAGGUGCAUUUUACAGUUUCAGAUAUGAGUUUUUAUUUUUCUACUGUCCUAUUUUUCCUAUGAAAAUUAAUGCAGAUGUUCACAUUCAUGCUCAUGUAACUUCAUUUAUUCCCAGUGGAACAGUAAUCCAACAUUUAGUUGCCUUGCAGUUCUUACACAGCUGGUUACUAGUAGAUUUAUAUCACAGAUUCCUAAAAUAAUCAUAUUGAACUUUCUUUUUCCCGUACCAACUUGGAACUUUGUUUUUAUUUUACUACUGCAAAGUAUGUGAUGUCAUUUAUGCCAAUAAUGUUCAAAUAAACUUUUACAAGUAAUGAUGACAAAAAUGUAGGUCAAAAAUAAUAACAUGUACCAUGGUCAUAAAUGUUGAACCUUUGGUGCAGUUUUGGUUUUGUUUUUUAGGAGAAAAAGAAUUCAAAAUUUAGAAGAAUUCUAUUCAGAACAUUUUUUUCAAAUCAUUUUACUGUUGCUACUGUUGUGAAUGUAUCACUGUAUUAAGGCUGGUUCUAAAUUUAAAGUUUGGUUGUGUUAACAGACAGUUAGUACAGAAUUUGGAUUAAAAGCAUGCUACUCUAUUAUGUAGAGUUUUAUCAGCACUAGCUGCCAGUUGCUGCUACAAUCAGAAUCUAAAUUUAUAUACCUGUAUUAUGCUCGACCUUGUGACUCAACUGUGUUUUGUCACUGUUUUGAUGAGAAUAUAUAUUUUUGAGCUGUUGGCGCUCACAUUGAUAUGCAAAGAGCUGGCUCUAUUGGCAUGUAGGCUAACAAUAGUUGACCCUGUUACUCACAAACACAGACACACCAGAUUGGAUUCCAGUGUGUCAGACUUCCAAGGAUACGCAGCCCUCCAUGUUUUUAUUAUGAGUCGUGAACUACGAUCCUGCUGUAUGAGUUGAUAUCAGUGUGAGACUCACUGAUGGCAGCUGGACGUUUGUGUUAGCUGGUCAGAAAUCAGCCUACAUUACCAAGCCCCAGCCAAGCCUUUAGCUACAUUUAUUUUACAACUAAAUACUUGUAGCUGUUUUACCAGAUAUAUAAGACAUUGUGUGAUUUUUUUCAUUUUAAUUUUUCUUUUUUUUAGACAAUAUUGCUCUCAUUAUUUUCAGUUGCUUUUGUUUUUGAUCACAAGGUGUGCACAGUGUUAAUACACAGUAUCCACAUCCAGAUUGUUUUUACUUUGAGAAGAUAAUUGCUCUUGUGCCAAAUGUUUCAAUGCAAUAAGGUCGUAUACACUGUGGAGUUCUCAGUCUUUCCUGUGAUUUGAGUCUUUUAUGGGCUGAACUCUGGGAGAAGCUUCAUCUACUGUGGUGCAUCUGAACUAUGAACACGUGAAAUUUUACACUGUAGUAGACAAGCCAAGGAGAAAUCCUCUGUACUGAGUCAUUCAGCAGACAGUAUAGUGUACACUUGUAGCUGAUUUACAGGAAAUAGCUAUGUGAACGAGGUUUUUAGAAAGACUUUGAAUUCAACAUUUGCACCUUCAGUUAAAACUGUAUGCUUAUGAAAAUGAACAGGAAUUGAUUUAAUGUUACCCUGUGUAUAUUUAUCUUCUUCUAGUAUAUUGUUGCCUUAUAGUUUCUGUUUCUGUCAAAGAAUUCUGGGAAAAAAAUACAUGAAAGCCUUUUACUGUUAAUGAGAUCAAGUGAACUUUUCUUUGUAAAUGGAGAGAUUCUUGUAUUCUUUUAACAAUUUAAUUUAGUCAUGAACCAUGAAUUUUUCUGGCUUUUUGUGUGGGUGGGGUGUAAGCCUAUAUGGGUCCUAAUUACUGACUGAUUAAUAAAACUGCUGCAAAUAAAAUAUGUUCUUUAUU